GCAGUAGUUACUGAUUUUGUUGUCUGUUCAGGCUCAGCACAUGUUGAGCAGAUUGUUUGUCUUCAGUUUUGAACAAUGGCUUUUGGAUUUUGUGUGAGGGUGCUCUUGCUCUCACUAUUGGCAUUUGGGUGGCAUGCAAAAGCACUCACCUACAGAAGUGGAGGCUCCAGCAGCAUUGAACCUCACUUUGAGCUAGCUGAAAACUUCCCAAGGAGCUACAAACCUGCUCUAGCUCCUUCCAGUUAUGAGAGCUCUGCACAGCCUCUGGGUAGUUAUGGACCCAGUUACACUCUGAAGCCUGCUGCUGCACCUAGUGGAGGAAGGUUCAGUGGUUCCUAUGAGGGGCGAGGAAAUGGCUACAGUCCUGAAGGAAGUGUUUCUAGUUCCAUGCCUGACUUGCUAAUGCUUCAAAAACCCAGACAAAACUCAGAGCAGCCACAUUAUCAACCUAAUUCGGAUAUAAAUGGUGUCCCCCAGACCAAAGCCGGCAGGUGGGACUUGGCUUUACCACAAAAUAGGAAUGGAUUUGAGUCGGGUAUUGUUUCAAGCAAUGGAAUUGAGAUGCAUUCUGGUCAGCAACCGACCAGGCCCGCCUACCCUGGCAAGCCCCAUGGUUUUAAAACUGGGGUGCGAGGACUGUUAGGAAUCAUUCAGCUAAUACCUGCAGACAGAAAACAACCACAGAGCAGUAAAACCGAAGCCAGCACCCUGCCUCCAUCCUCCAGCCUCACUAACAGAAAGCUUCCUCAGCUGAAGGCGGGGCCAAGCGGACGCGCGCCCCCGUCCCUUCAGGCGCGCUCCCGGGCCGCGUCUCCUCCAGCAGUCAGUGGAGCAGCGCUCUGUGGAAAGUUGAGUCUCUCCGGCGGCGUCGUGCUGUUCCCUGCUGUCAGUCGGUCCUCUCUGCUCCAACAUGCGUCUCCUCCUGCAGACAUGGGAUUUAUAACCGCGGGCUCUGCUGCUGCUUCUGUCCGUGUUCUGGUCUCCUUCAGCCGGGGAAAACCUGCAGCGCGUCUCAGAGUCUGA